CAGUGGCCGAAGGGACCCCGGAAACGCGCCGCGCGUGUCGCCAGCGCGCUGCAGCUUCCAGGAAGCGGAACGAAUGAAGUUCAUUUCUCACAGCUGGUGAUGGCGGAUGCUGUCGAAAUAGAGACCAUGAAGAAUUAUAACAUAGCGUUUGAGAGGAUAGACCCGAGCAUAAGCCGCUAUCCCUACUGUAUUGUAUGGACGCCAAUCCCCGUGUUAUCAUGGCUUUUUCCAUUCAUUGGCCAUAUGGGCAUCUGCACUUCCACUGGAGUGAUCCGUGAUUUUGCAGGUCCAUACUUUGUCUCAGAAGACAACAUGGCGUUUGGAAGACCAACAAAGUACUGGAUGUUAGAUGUAAGUAAAGUGCAUGCCAGUAGUGGAUCUAACGCCUGGGACACAGCAGUUCACAAUGCAUCAGAAGAGUAUAAACAGAGAAUGCACAACCUUUGUUGUGACAAUUGUCACUCACAUGUUGCCAUGGCACUGAACUUGAUGCACUAUGACAACAGCACCUCGUGGAAUAUGGUGAAUCUCUGCCUACUGUCACUCAUUCAUGGCAAACACGUCAGUUGCGUUGGCUUGCUGAAGACCUGGCUUCCAUUCUGCAUCUUAACCAGCGUCAUCCUGGCUGUUGCCCUGUCUCUAAACCUGCGAUGACCGAGCAGGAUCAGAUAGAGGUGGGGCGGCUCAGGGUGAGUGGGCACAAUGUCCGGUGCCCAUCGGGGACACAUAUCUUCAGCUUAAGGGGGACUCCAAUGAAUGUCAACUUGAAGUCCGGCUCUUCAAUGGGUACAGAAGCUACACGUCAAACAUCAAAUGCUAGACCUCUUUGUCGUAGGGUAGAGACAGCACAUACACCAUGGCUUCAACGUCUUGUGGUGAUGUAAGAAACGCUCCUCUCAAAAAUCUGUCUUCCAAAGGCAUGACUUUCGUGUCUCUCUUGAGGGUUAUGGUGCUCAUUCAUUGUUUGGUUAGAUUUUGAUCUCCAAACUAUAACUAUAAACUGCUGUUUAGGAAAAAUAACACUACUUAUAUUGUCUUGUAUACAUUGUCUUAUAUUUUAAAUAUAACUUGAAUAUUUCUAAGGAUGCAAUGUUCUUUCUGAGAACAUAGUUUAUUGCAGAAUCAGCGCAUUAUAUAUUGAGAUAUACUGGAAGAUGGAUUUCCCUUCUUACCAUGUAUAUGAAAGCUUAUUUUAAUUAUCGCUUUUAAUAUUGUUUUUAUUUAAGAACACACUUUGUCGUUUUAUUGGCAAGGCUAACCAACAAAUAUAGCUUUUGCUUUUAAUAUUGUUGAUUGGCAUGCUUUAAAGU